CCCGGCCCGGCCCGGCCCGGCCAUGGCUACCAGCAGUACCACCGGCUCCACCCUGCUGCAGCCCCUCAGCAACGCCGUGCGGCUGCCCAUAGACCAGGUCAAUUUUGUAGUGUGCCAAGUGUUCGCCCUGCUGGCAGCCAUUUGGUUUCGAACUUAUCUACAUUCAAGCAAAACGAGCUCUUUUAUCAGACAUGUUGUUGCCACCCUUCUGGGCCUUUACCUUGCCCUUUUUUGCUUUGGAUGGUAUGCCUUACAUUUUGUUGUUCAAAGUGGAAUUUCAUACUCUAUCAUGAUCAUAAUAGGAGUGGAAAGUAUGCACAAAUACUGUUUUGUGUUUGCUUUGGGCUACCUCACAGUAUGCCAAAUUACUAGAGUCUAUAUCUUCGAUUAUGGACAAUAUUCUGCUGAUUUUUCAGGCCCAAUGAUGAUAAUUACUCAGAAGAUCACUAGUUUGGCUUAUGAGAUUCAUGAUGGGAUGUUUAGGAAGGAGGAAGAAUUGACUCCAUCGCAGAGGGGUCUGGCUGUAAGACGUAUGCCAAGUCUCCUGGAGUAUUUCAGUUACAACUGUAAUUUCAUGGGCAUCCUGGCAGGCCCAUUAUGCUCAUAUAAAGACUACAUUACUUUCAUUGAAGGAAGGUCAUAUCAGCUGACGCAGUCCGAAACUAAUGGAAAAGAAGAAUUGCAAUUUGAACAAACAGAGCCAUCUCCAAACGCAGCUGUAGCACAGAAACUUCUAGUCUGUGCACUCUCUUUAUCGUUUCAUAUGACCGUUACCAAAACCCUGCCCGUGGAAUACAACAUUGAUGAUCACUUCCGAGCAACAGCAUCAUUGCCCAGGAAGUUCAUCUACCUAUAUGUCUCCCUUCUGGCAGCCAGACCUAAAUAUUACUUUGCCUGGACAUUAGCUGAUGCCAUAAAUAAUGCUGCAGGCUUUGGUUUUAAAGGAUAUGACAAAAAUGGAGCAGCACGCUGGGACUUAAUUUCCAAUUUGAGAAUCCAACAGAUAGAGCUUUCGACAAGUUUUAAGAUGUUUCUUGAUAACUGGAAUAUUCAAACAGCUCUUUGGCUAAAGAGAGUUUGUUAUGAAAGAGCGUCAUUCAGCCCAACUAUCCAGACUUUCAUCCUUUCAGCCAUUUGGCAUGGUGUUUAUCCAGGAUAUUAUCUAACAUUUCUAACUGGGGUGGUAAUGACACUUGCAGCCCGAGCCAUGAGAAAUAACUUCAGACACUACUUCAUUGAGCCCCCGCAAGUUAAGCUCUUCUAUGAUAUCAUGACGUGGGUAGCCACCCAAAUGGCCAUAAGUUACACGGUGGCACCGUUUGUGCUUCUCUCGAUAAAGCCUUCCUUCAUGUUUUACAGCUCCUGGUACUACUGUCUUCACAUUACCGGAAUCUUAGUGUUGUUGAUAUUGCCAGUGAAACCUCAGAAAGGAAAAAUAGCCCAGGAAAACGACCAGCCCUCGCAACCUACAGAGCUGGAGAAAAAAGAAAAUCCUUUGGGACAAGACAGUUAUCUUCUCACAAAUCAUGUUUUCAAUCAGAAGCGAGAAAUCACAUCCAGACACUCAGCACUGAAACAAUGAUUGAGAAAAUUCAGUGAUGGAUAUAUUUUGUAUGUUUCAAGAACCCAGUUCUAGCACCUAUCGAAGGGGUUUGUAUUUGAAAAGAUAUUGUGAUAAAAGGACGGUAACACAUGGGGAAUAUUUUGUAAGACUGGAGAGGGAGCGAGUUAACCCCUCCCAUGCCACAUUCCAGUGGGUCAAACGCCUUAUAGAAAAAUAUCUCCAUGAUUUCAAUGGGCACUCAGGACUUCAGCAUAUGUCCAUAGGGUCAUCUGUGCCCCCUUGGCUGAAUGUACAUGGUGUAUCCCAAGGCACUGACUGGGGAGAAAAUAAUGGUGUCAAUGUUGGUGGUUAGAGGGAAAUGAACUUUUUCAGAUGAAUGCCUUGCCUUAAACCCUUGAUUUACUGAAAUAUUGUUUCUAAAAGGUAUUUUCAUGUUGUACAUUGUGUGGGAGGCAUAUUUCACAUAUUGAAUGGUGAGUGCUGCAAAGGAACCGUGAAAUUCAAAGCAGAAUAUUUGAGCUUGUGAAUACUAUAAAAAUGCAAUAAACAUCUCAGUAUUUGGAGGGUAUUCUAAGAGUAUCUCAAACCAGAGUCCAUUGUAGAACCUCAGGCAUGACUGAUGCCAAAUUGCAGUCAGCCUUGAUUGUCGGAAGAGUGUACUUGGUGUCAGAAGCUCUUCUGAGAAGACUUUAAAAAUCUUCAAACAUAUUUUAAGCUCAUUUUACUCUCUUAAAAAACACUACGUGAUCUUUGCAGCUAGGGACAAGUUGGCACCUGAAAUAAAGUGAAAAUGGAGAGGCAAGUAACCUGGUGCUCAGCAGGACUCCUUCCUUAACUCUUAUGCGACUGAGUUUCUUGUGGUGUUGCAUAUAAGGCAUGUACAAAUACAAUAGCUCUUUCCUCUUAUGAAUUAAAAAGUGGAAAUUAUUUGGACAUAGAAGGUGUAGAUUUAGAAAGAUCUUCUAAAGUAAUAGACUCACCAAAGUUGAACGACAGUAAUUGAAAAAUGACAUGUGGCUUGGCAACACUGCCCGCUGGGCCCUGUGACUGACUAUCUGGGCACCGGCCAGCUGUCUUCUGAGCCAGGACAACCUGUGUCACUGUCUGGAGGCAGUUGGGGCUGGGGGAUGGUUAAAUUGGGGUUUUUGGUAGAGAAACGGCCAUCUUUAUGAACUAAGAUUAUAGAGACAAAAUAACACUUGGAACGAAUUAAUUGAUUUUAUUUUUAAAUUACGCAUUCAAGGCCCAUUAUCCUGACUUUCAAAUCCCACAAGGAGAACAGUGUGUUUUUAUCCAUGAUUAUGGAUUGCUUUCACCAUUUUCAGUCUCCUGCCUUGAAACAGGGCAGCCACUUCAACAGCCACCAUCUCAUAAUGGCGAGAGAGGCUGACAGUACUGGCGAUUAUUCAUUUCUUUCAGGGAUGGUGUUGGCGGUUUAGGCAGGUUUGGCGCAUCUAUGUUCUUUUGGAAAAGGUAAACAGGGUCUGGAAGAGAGGUGUUCAAGAAGUAAGGUAGAAAGGCACAAAUAGGCUUAUUUUUUAUUUUGACCAUAUGUAUUGUGUCAUUUUUAUUUUUGCCUUAUUUUUAUGGAAUGUAAAAUGCAGGGUGUCCUCAUUGUAUGUUUUCAGUAAUCUGAAAUGGAAUCAUUAUCCCCAAACGAAAAUAACCAAAACUCCAUAAGUGAUUUUCCAUGUAACGAGUCAGCAUUUAAUAGGUUUUUUAGGGUUUUUUUUUUCUUUUAAAGGGGAAAAAAACCUACCAUUAUUGAUUGGAGAGGCCCUAAUCAGCAGGACUUCAGCAGCUUUUUAAGCCAGGUCUCUUGCUAAAAAUUGACUUAGAAUUUCAAGUAGAAAAAUACUUCUGGUUAAGUGAAGUUUGCCUGUGACAUACACACCUGGCCCCCAAGAGAUCCCGUUUGCUCCCGUUUAUGCACAUUGGCUCUAUUAUCCACCCACUCGCGGGAACGUGUGUUCCCCUGGAGCUCACAGGAAAGGAGCAUCAUAUCUUCCCUCCUGCUGGGAGACCAGGCUUGCUCUGAGGCAAGGGCAGAAGUGCUGGCUGUACUUGGGGUGCCCACUUGGCUGUGGAGCACUGGUUAACAGGGAGCCCAGCAUUGUAAGCAUUGAGAGGACUCUAUACCCUGACUCUGUCAGCCAGAGAAAGCACCUCUGGCUUCUGAAUCAGCCCGCCGCAUAGAGGAUAGAGCCCAGGCCUGGGCGUCAGAAGGUUGUGGGUUCUAAUUCCCGAUCUGCCACUUGUCU